UUAGCUGAUAAAAUGUACACUUUUCAAAUGUGCAUUAAGGUUUUCAUAAGCACGAGCAUUCUAUUGAAAAAUGUACAACAGCUUUGUGGACUAUCCUUACCUAUCCCGACAGAAUUGGACGCGGAGGAUUUAGGUGAGGUGGUCGUGAGUUUGAAAGAAGACAGCGGACGUUACAAACGCUCAACGGACGGCGUGUCAGUUCCCGCCAAAAAUAUCCAGCUCAUUUUCCCAUUUAAUGAGGGGGUAGUGGACCUCCAUUUGAUCCGAACGGACGAGCAAUCAGUGAAUGUACCUGUGUAUACCACAAGCGACCGAGGAGAUAUAGUCAGACAGUACAUACAAGACAAAAAUAAUGUGUUUUUCUACCAAGACGAAAGUAAAUUUGCAGCUUUCUAUCUAGAAACCACGAACUCUACUUCUUGUGUUUUUGGAAGCUUUGAAGAUAAAUCUCAGGAAUAUUUUCUGGAACCCAAGGACAGAAAUUGCGAUCCGCGAAAUUCUCCGUUGUUCAAAGUACUAAAAAUCAAGCACACCAAUAUCCAGUAUGCUGAUAGUGUUGUAAUGGAUAAACUUCCUAACCGACUGCCUGUGUCUCAGAAUUCUGAAGCAGACAGACAGAGGAGGUCUACACCAGAGUACAAGAUAGAAAUGCUGCUAAUAGUCGAUUUCUCCGUGUAUAAUUAUUGGUACACACAAAGUACGGCGUCAACUUCUGGAGAAAAAGACACAGAGGCAAAGGCUAACAUCAGACAGUUUUAUGCCUGGGUCAUCAACGGGAUGGAUGUAAGAUACAAGAACAUUCAGACCUCAGCAUACACUAUAUCUAUUGUCUUCUCCGGAAUUUAUAUAGCAGAUCAACCGUCUAAAUCGCCCUUCACUGAAAAUAACAAAGAUUCAUCCACUCCAACGCCAAAAGUGGUCGCCGGCACCGUUCUCGAUGACGUCACAUCCUGGGUCCAGAGCAGUUCCGGUCUGCCAAGUCAUGAUCAUGCUAUGAUGUUUUCGAGGUAUGAUUUCACUAGUAGUGGAUCAAGCAGUAAUGCAGGAUUGGCCUGGGUAGGUGCCGUUUGUACCACACGAAGUGUAUCUAUUGUAGAGGACCACUUCAACUUCAUCAUAUUGACAGUAGCAGCCCACGAACUAGGUCACAGUUUGAGUGCUGAACAUGAUGGGACAAACAAUGCGUGUAAUGGCGCAGACGCGUACAUAAUGGCUGCCUCGUCUUCCACUCCUGAUAAUACAAACCCAUGGAAAUUCUCCUCCUGCUCCACUACAUAUUUCACCAACUACAUCAACACACUUAACAGCGGAAGCGGAAACUGUAUGACGUCAUUAAGUACUAGCUUUGACCCAACUGCUCUGAGCCAAUACACCAGUUUACCUGGCCAAAUCUAUGACGCGGAUGCAAUGUGUAAACACAUUGUUGGACCAGGAUCAUCAUUCUGCCAAUUUCCAUACAGCUACAACUUUGCUUCGUUAUGUACCACACUGUGGUGUUAUAAAACAGAUGGGAGUGGACAGUGUGAAUCAGCACUGGGAGGGGAUGGUCUGCAGUGUGGAAAUAGAAAGUGGUGUAUAUCAGGAGAGUGUGUUUAUGAUGACUGUGCUCCAUCUGGGGAUGAAUCUUGUUUGUUUGGUGACAGAAGCGGGGUUAUAAUUAAUUUUAAUGGAGCAGAUAAAACAUGUGCUGACAUUGACAAUGAACCAUCUAUCUGUUAUGCGGAAGGAGUAGGCAAAAAAUGCUGCAAGACUUGUGGCAAGUACAGCACUGGAAGGCAAGGAUGUGAAUAUGGUGAUACAAUUCAAGGAUGUACCAGUGCUUAUUGUCCUCAGUAUGGGGAUUCUUUCUGCUGUGGAACUUGCUACACUGGAACAACUUGUUUGAAGUUGACAGCUCUUUAUCGAAGAAGGCUUGGUAGACGGUUCAAAAGGUGUAGAGUAAGGAGAGUAAGAAAGGGAAGUUUGAACGUUGAAUAUGACGUCAUUACUGAUGAUGAGGCAGAAGCUACCUUGGAUGUGGUGACCGUUGCUAAAGACUUAGUGUAUGGGAAAGAAAACGUGACUUACGAUGGACAGGAAGCACCAGUGUCGUCUGCUGCUUAUGUUGACACUUCCGGGAAUAAUGUAAAUAUAAGCAUCACCACAACAGGAUGUGAACUUCUUGAAUCUUCUGAGCCCUGUAGUUCAGGGUAUGUCUGUUAUGAAGGGGAGACGGGACCCUAUUGUCGAUCCUCAACGAAUUAUGAUCAACAAAUGUUGAUUAUAAUAAGUGCCGUGGUCGGGGCGGUGUGUUUAAUCAUUACCACAGCAGUCAUUCUGGUGUUGUGUUUAUGUUGUAAAAAGCAGCAAAAGAAGGAAGAAAAACACCGUUAUGGCAUUGAAAAUCCAGCAAUGAUACCGGACGAGUUUUACACUAAUGGUCGACUAAAAUAUGAAAUGGACAGCAAUAGGAGCUAUGACUCCACGGGUAUGAGCAGUCCAUUCUACGGUAGGAGGUGGUACCCUGGCUACAGUGAUGUGGCGCCUAAUGGCACGUGGCAUCAACAGCCAAUGAACAAUGCCAAAUACUCAAUACCAAGGCCUAAAUACUAGUAGAAAAUUAGAAUUUUAGAACUAUCAUUCAAUAAAUGCAUUUUUAAUUUUUUUUUUAAUUCAUGCUGAGUGUUCAUUAAUGUAACCCAUUUAAUAUAUAUUAUAUUUACCGAAUUCUAGAGAAGCAACACGUG